AUUACCUUUAAUCUCAAGAUCAUAACCAUUCUCUAGCUACGUGGUGUUUUGUCCUAGCAGUCAUUACGAAAUUCGCGCACCACAGCGGUUGAGGUAUGAGGAAAUUGACCAAAAAUUUCUGUUUGCUCAACAGGUCGGGAACUGCCGGAUCGGAAGCGUAAUCAAUACUAAAAGCAGUGUUGCAGUUUGCCUGACAGAAGUGUCGCCAUGAUUUAGAUCGUGGGCGUGUAAAGCGGUACCUUUGCAAAAACUGUAGGUUAUAAAUUGAAGUUAUCUUAAUAACAAAGGCUUGCUUCAAGAAUAAUUAUCAGUUUCUUUACGCAAAAGGACGUCAGAGUGGAACGUCGUGCACAGGUCAACAAAUUUUGUCCAAUUAGUUUUGCAUGCUCUAUCGUUGAGGGCCUUGCUUUAUAGGAUACUGUACAUGUACGUUAUUUUGAAAUGAUCUCAUUUCAGAACAAAACCGAUAAAUAUGCCCCUGGAUACAGUUCUGUGCCUAGAUACCUCGUCCUCCAUGGGCUUCAACGAAGGUAUGAGCCAGCUCAAGGCUGCAGCCUCGAAGUUUCUUGAUGGAGUGGAAGACACUGCAAGACAAGCGGGUUUAAAGGUAAUCAGUUACUCUUUACUGAAAUAAAAUAUAAAGAAAUAAGUACAGCAAUAACUUAACAACACAAUAAUGAACCUAUUUUCUCAGGCACAGUUUAGCCAAAUAAGUAGUCAAAUCUAUCUUACCAUUUUGAAUAUCUUUUUUUUUUCUUGCGGUCACCGCACUGUGUCACAAGCAUGAAAACUUAAUAUGCGAUAAGUUUUCAUUUAGGUGAAGGAAAAAGGAGAAAAAACACGGCGUCGAAAGCAUAAAAUGUCAGAAGCGUUGUGCCUUGGAAGCUGAUGUAAAGUGAUUAUUACGAAUUCAGGUUGAUUGGUCUUGUUUUAAUUGCCAUUUAUUAUAACAACGCAUCAACAAUGACGGGUUAAUUUAAACAGGACUAUCCCGUGAAAAAACAUUCUACUUCCGUAUUCAUGUCACAGGUCUAUGAAAAAAAUUAAUGAUGUCUAAAGAUCAAUGUCCGAGAAAACGACUUCUUCGGGUUCGAAUUCCGGAGUUUCAUGUAAACUGCAUCCACAAAGAAUCAACUUUAAACCCCUAAGAGACCGUAUUUACGUCUUUUGAUAAAGCAUUUUUCUUACCAAAACACCACCAGAUUUUUCUCAAGAGGUUUUCCUUGAGGUAGGGUGUACAAUUUUUCCUUACUCUUAGUCAGAGAACGAACCUCUGGAAACGAGCCAGGGUAAUUGUUCCUUGGCAUAAGCAGGGGAUAAAACACGCCAAAUGAGCCAUUUUAACUUUAUCGUUUGUUGACCACGGCAGCCAGAAUAUUAACAGCAACACCCUCAACUUGCGCUUACUGAAAUCAUAAAAAAUAUCAAGAAUAAGUCAUGAUGUCUAAGGCAGGUAAAAAACUAAAAAAAUGUUUGUGGAGGGAAUGGCCUUGCACUCAGCCUCGUUUUGAAACAGAGGCUUAAGGCAACUCCAAAAUGGCAUAUUGGCUUCGAAAGAUUUCAUUUCCAUUUCAGGAAAACGUUGCCAUCGUGGUGUUUGGAGCAAAAACGCAAGUUUUGCACAGGCUUUCCACAGACUACUUCAACAUUCGAAGAAGUAUAGGUAUGCAUUCUAAUCUUUUCAGUGAAACUUCUUGUCCUGCUCUGUCGAUCAUUGUAAUAAUUUAAUAUACAUUUGGAUUUUUGGUUAAGAUAGUAAGAUAUUACAUAUCAUCUCAUGGAACAGCCACUUCCGUCACCACAGUGCCACUGCCAUUUCCACACCAACUUUCUCUCCCACCCCCACUGUCACUCAGUGCCUCUUUUACUGCCACUGCUACUGUAACUACCAUCAUUACUACCAUUAUUACUGCAUUUGCCAGUUUCGACACCUUUACCGCUACCAUCAGUCUCAUUCUCACUGUCCUCACCACUUUCAUUCCUACUACUUCUACCAACGCCUCUGACAGCGCCACUGCCACUACUUCUAACCACAACCAAUGCCACUACAACUACCACUACUAUUAUCACUAUCACUGCCACUGCCACUAGCACCAACAUUGCCAUUACUACCACAACCACCACCACUACUACUACCACUACCACUGCUUCUGCUGCUACCACUACCACUACUACUACCACUACCAAUACCCCUGAAACUAUCACCGCACUGCCACAACCACUACAACUUCCAAUGCCACUGGAACUACCACCACCACUACCAAUGCCACUACAAUUAGCACUACUAAUAUCAUUGCCACUGCCACUACCACUACCACUAUCACUACCACUACCAGCAAUACUGCCAAUGCCAAUGUCACUACCAUUAUUGUGAGUUGCUUCAACCACUAUCAUUACUUUUUUCUCUAGCUGGUCUUACAGCUAAUGGUGUGACUCCAAUGAAAGAUGGCUUGAUGAUGGCUCUAAAAGAAAUUGUGAGCAACGGUAAGUCUUUGUUAUUAACGUUAGAGUUUUUUAUCUUCCUUCUGUUGGUGAGCCAGAACCUACAGAUACCUAAAUUUCUUCCUUUAUUCACAAGGGGGAACGCCUUUGGUUCUUUUCCAGUUUUCUAUAGACCGAUUUUACAACUUCAUUAAAGAAUUAAAACUUCAUGCGAAGUGUUUUUUUAUUCUCAUAUAUAUUUGUUGGUACUCUUCACAGGCUUAUACAAGAAUCACUAUUGUGUAUUCGAAUCAGUUGAACCCAUUAAACACACGCACCAAGUUCCAGCGAGCUUCUAAUAGCUAGCUUGUAGAAACUACUGGUUUAAAUACGUAUAAUAUAAAUAACAAUGACAUGUGCACCGAUUGGUUUAAAAUCCUUACAUUGAGAAUACUUUUUUCUUUAACUUUUUAGGGGGUGUAGUUAAUGUAAAUGGAAGAAAACUUUGCCCGCGUAUUAUUCUUAUGACUGAUGGAAAGCCAACGAAUGAAAAUGGAAGUGAAACAGAGCAAGUAAGAUAGAAAAAAGCAAAAGCUCAACUUUAUUUCCUACUCCUUUUGAAAUCUAGCGAAAGAUCGCUUAUGGCCUGCGUAGCAGGCGGUUUUGUUGGGGAGGGGCAAUAAUAGCGGGGGGGGGGGGGGGGGGGGAAGGUUAAAGCAGGAAAAACCAGGGGGGAAAGGGCGCGUUCCCGGGCAACCCAAAAAAUUAUAGCCGCGCCCACAAACAACACGAAACCCUGGUUUUGUCCUGUCGCCAAACACCCCCAAAACCAUUGUAUUGUUUUUGGAAAGCAAAUGAGACAUAUAAAAAGGAGAUUACUACAAGAAUAUUAAAGAAAACAAAAGCAAAAGGGACAACUUUUUUUUUCUCAUCUUGCAAAAUUGGUCGAAAUUGCUUUGUUGCGCUGGUGAGGGGGGUGUUUUUGGGGGGGGGGGAAAAUAGUGGGGGGGGGGGGGGAGGGGAGAACGUUCAAGCAGCGAAGACCAGAGGAGAAAGGGCUCGUUCCCGUGCAAGCCAAAAACUUAUAGCCUGCGCCACAGACAAGACGUAAUCCUGGUUAUGUCCGUCUGCGAAACAGCCCCGAAAUCCUUCUUCUGGGCUCCUACCCGUGUACCACGAUGUGAGUACGCGCUUUGAUUAGCCUGUCAAGGAGCCAUUGUCGAUUUACCAAUCAGGUUGAAAGGAAAUUCGAAACACACUUCUGGUAAUUCGUUGAGUCAAUUGGGGCUCAGACGGAGGCUUAAAAAUUACAGCAGUAACACAAGCUACAUCGCUGAAGAAGAAGUAAAUGUGAUACCAAAAAAAUCGACACCAGUUCCCACUUGUUCAACGUUUUUACUUUUUAUAUCUGGUUACCAAUAUAAGUGAUCUUCAUGCCUACCAAUCACACCUGAAACGGACGUACUAUUACCCAAAUGCUGAAUGCUGUGCUCGCUGACAAACCUAGGAACUGCGUUUCUCUCGAAUUUCCGAAGCAGUUAUAAAUGUUUAAUUCUAUGAAGAAACUACAAUGUAGUUAGUUAUAAGUUUACGGAAAUGAUUUAUGGCUGUUUAUAACUUUGAAUUAUUUAACGCCAAUCGCGGCUAGUGAAUAGCAGUUGAUUUCUUCAGUUCACACUGAUUGGCUGAUUUCAGUUUAAAUAACGGUUAAUUUUUUUCCAAUUAAUCUUUCAGGCCUUGAAAGAAGUGUUGGUCGCUGCAGUUCUUUUUGGAGCUCGCUAGCAAGAAGUGGGCCUUCCACAUAAGAUUCCAAUCGCUUGUGUUGGAUGUGGGAAUGCAGAUAAGGUAAUACAUUUUUUCAUAUAAAUUACGAUCAGGAAACAAUAAUCAGAUUGUUCAUGUAUGAUCAAGGGUACUAACUAUAGAGCUUUAGAUUCUAAAGCGAGGACGACAGUUUCUCGAUACUAAGUAGUAGUUAGUACGCGCGGGUGAAUCAGUGUUUUGGUGGGAACACUUGAUAGCCGUUGUCAUUCAUUAAUAAAGUUGUUGUUCUAUUACGAGUUCUAGCGAAAAUUUCGUGGUGGCAAAAACAAGUUAUCAAAUUCCAGAAGUUGGUAUUUUUGCGAUCCUUCUUUCAUGAUAAAGAUAGCCGUACUAAUGUCUCUGGGGCCUGUUUCUCGAAAGGCCCGGAAACUUUUCGGGCCCGAAGGCAAGUUUUAAAAUCAAAACCGGUUGAAUAGUAGCACAGUUCCUGGUUCACAAACCAGCCAAUUUUGCUUCGUUAACUGAUAGUUUCAUUGUAUCAUUUUCACAAUUAUUGAAACUUUGAACUUGAAUGCUAACAAGGCCAAAGUAAAACAGCUUUCCGGACUUUCAAGAAAUGGACCUCUGGUCAAAAAAAUGGACAACGAAGCUUUCUGGGGUAUAGAUGUCAUACUUGAUUUCCAUCUUAUUUUAUAGCUUAAACUUGUCUUUGCAUCAAUUGAAUGCCAGACAUAAUGGUCAAGUUUUGUUAUUUAAGAAAAUACAUAGGCAUUUUUUAAAACCGUUUCCUGUUAUCUGUGGGAACGGAUGGCAAGGAUGGAUGGAUUGAAACUUGAAAAAGUUGGGUCAACCAUUCAAGUUUCAAUGCUAAGGCAGCAAAAAUCGCAAAAAAUAUUAUGGGUUGUGCUCCCUGAUCGAAUUUGUUCGAUAUCGCAUUCAUUCCACAGGAGCUUUUUGUAUCUGAGUUAAGGCACUUUAAUUUUUUUGAAUUAAGUUCAGUAUUGCAUGACCUAAGGCAGCAAUAUCGUAGUGACAUAGCCUUUUCAACACAACUCUAGUUUAACAAGGAAGUAUUCUGCAACCAUAUCUCACAAUUUGUUUCCUGCUUCCCUCGUAAAAGAAACUUCUUGAGAGCAUUGCUCAAGUGACAGGAGGGAUGUACGUUAUGGUUCAAAACAUGCAUGAGCUUAGUACAUUCUUCAGGAGACAAGUACUUUUGUCACGUUUCAUCGCAAAGUUUGCACAUG